AUGGACAUCGAUGCUACUGAAGACUUUGCCAUGGAGACUCAGACGGACGACUCCAUAGCUCCCCCUUCCGCCGAAGCGCAGCCAUCGGUCAUUCCCCCUGCUCCUCGUUCGCUCUAUACCGGCCCAACGACAUCUCAAACCAACAUCCAGCAUCCAAGCGUCAGUCAUCCCAGUAUCCACGUUCACGAUGCAGACGCCAACACUCCCAUCUACCAUGCCGACGACCACGUACAGCUCCCAGAGGUGCUGGCCACUCCCGGCGCUCAGUCUCUGUUGCCGGGUUCGUCAUCAGGCCCAGCUUUGCGUUCAACUCGAUCUGCGCGCAAGCGGCGACCAGCACGUGUUCGGGCGGCUCCCAUUGACUAUGAAGAGGAUGCACCAGAUGACCCUCUUCCACUUCCCAGGACCGCUCAGCCUCGUACUGCAGAGGACCCGCUGGGUCUUUACGACGAUUCUGACGGUGGCGAAGACGUUCACCACAAUCUACUACUACACACUCAGACCGAGAACGAUGACAGCAGCUCUCGGCCUAUACCCGCCAACACCCUAUCUGACAACAACAUUCUAGUCGAGCUUCCCACUCCGGCUGAAUACCCCAUGUCGGCAGACCCAAAUACCACGUAUAUGGCUGCCCACGACAGCUGGCUUGUUCGCCUCGUCAUCCUUCUUGUGGCAUUCCUACAUGCGGCUCAUCACGUCUCCUUCCGUGCUUGCAGGAUUAUUCUGCAGUGCAGCCGUGCUAUAUUACUUGCCAUGGACGCUUAUGACCCGACUCCGAGGCCAGGAAGACCCACUUUCCCCGUUACGCUUGGCACUGUCAUUGUCCGUCUCGACCUUGAAGAUCAUUUCAAGAUUUUGCCUACAUGUAGCAACUGUCAACGGCUGUUUCCAUCGUCGGCUCCCAUUAGCACGAAAUGCCCUGAUUGUCAGGAGCCUAUCUACAAGCCGGUGUCGAAUUCCAUAUUUCGCCGGGUAACCGGCUGUGCGGCCAAACCGCCGCCACCUGUCUCAGCCUCCCCGUUCCAGCUUCCAUCUUCGCUUCUAGCCGACUUUCUCGCGCGGCCAGGGAUGGAGAAGCAAUGCGAGAUAUGGAAGACUUGCCAACGAACGCCAGGUGUGCUCCAUGACAUUACUGAUGGACGCGUGUGGAACGAAGCAGAAGGCCCAGACCAGAAGCCCUUCUUUCCUCUGAAUGGCGAGGAAGGCAGCGAGUUACGCAUAGGAAUCACGGUCAGCUUGGACUGGUGUUCUGUCGAGAGACAUCUAUAUCGUGCCGAGAACCUUCUCGUGUCGUUCAUGACCCCUGGCCCUCAAGAACCAACAGCUGAGGAGCUGCAACACUAUCUGAAGCUCGUUGUUGACGAUCUUGAGCAGCUUUUCAAUAACGGUGUCGUAUAUCAUACACCCUGUACACCAGAAGGCAAGUCCUCCGUUUAG